AUGCAGGCCUUGGAGCGGGCCGCCGCGGGCUUCUGCGAGAAGGACGGCAGGGAUCUGGACUUCUAUGACUUUGAGCCGCUGCCCACUCUGCCGGAGGACGAGGAGAAUGUGUCCCUGGCCGACAUCCUCUCCUUGCGGGACAGCGGGCUUCGCGAGCAAGAAGCCUGGGCUGUGUGCCUCGAGUGCUGCCUGUCCAUGCGCAGUGUCGCCCACUCAGCCAUCUUCCAGACACUCUGCAUCACGCCGGACACGCUAGCCUUCAACACCAGUGGGAACGUGUGCUUCAUGGAGCAGCUCAGUGAUGACCCUGAGGGCGCCUUUGUUCCCCCAGAAUUUGACCUAACUGGGAACACCUUUGAGGCUCACAUCUACUCCCUGGGGGCCACAUUGAAGGUGGCCAUGGAGUACGUGCCGGAGCCCGAGCUGGAGCCUAAGCUCAGUGCAGAUCUGGAGGCGCUGCUGGGCCAGAUGCAGGCAGAGAAGCCAGGGGACCGGCCCCACCUGGAGAACAUCAUCGCACUGUGUGAGCAGCGGAUGACAAGCACCUCGUCCUGUCACCUCUGUCGCAGCCUCUCGGCUGUCGGAAGGAGGGUACUUUCCAUUGAGUCUUUCGGAGUACUGCCAGAUGUCAGUGAGGCUUCCUGGCAGGGGAGAGUCCUAUCUACAAGUGCGGGGCCCAGGGGACAGCAUGGGGACCGUGGUGCUGACCAGGGCCUGUCCAUGGGUGGCUCCCACAUCCUAGAGCAAGAAAGCAGCUGGAGUGUCCAUCUCCCACCACCACCGAAGCCACUACUCCCGGCCCCAAUCAGGAAUGGUGAGAGCCGAGAUGGGGAGGGGCUGAGCUCAGAGCGGCUGGCCAGCCUCCUGCUGGACACCCGGGGUCCCCUGGGGGACCUGGACCGCAGCCUGCUGAAGAGGAGCCGCCUGAGGAAGGUGAAGACUUUCCCUCGGCUCCUGGCUGAGGGUACUGAAGCCAGCGCCCUCUGCCUGUCGCUGACCAGAAGCCAGCUGCCCCUCUCUGAGCUGCUCUCUGCUGACUGCUGGAAGACCUAUCCAGAAGGGAAGAACGGCCUUCUGGCCUUCAGGGUGCUGCCCAAGGUCAGGCUGUGGCCCGAGGAGGGACCUGAGACCCCAGUGGACCAGACACAAGACACAGGCAGCCAUGGAGACAGAUGGGCUCUGCCAGGGGCCAGACCAGACAGUGGCUCUAGGCCAGGAGAUCUCAGCCAAGCAGAGGCAGCCAGCAUCCCCGAAUGGGUAGCAGCAGAAGAGCCCCUGCAGUCAGCCAGGGCCACAUCCUGCCCCAGUCAGAGACCUGUGGAGGACAGCCCCCAGCCAUGUGCCCCAGACCCUGGAGACAGUGAUGGAGACCCUGAGACUCACUGCAUGGCAGAAGCCACCGGGCAGCCUAAGGGCCAAGGCAUGGAACAGUGGGUGUCCCUGCAGGACCUGCUGGAGAAGCUCAGCCGCCCUUUCCGGGAGUACGAGCUGUGGGCACUGUGCCACCAGAGCCUUCUCACCCUGCAGACCUACAUCGAGUUCCCAGCUUAUCUGUGCCUGGAGUGCGUGCUGGUUGUGGACGAUGGCAGCGUGCUCUUUGGGGUGCCCCCUGCCAACAGUUCACAUAAUUCCUUUUUCCUGGCACCUGAAGUCGCUGAGAAGGAGCAGGUGACAGAAAAGGCCUCUGUGUACUGCGUGGCGGCUGUCCUGUGGACUGCAGCCAAGUUCAGCAUUCCCCGUGACCAAAAGUUGCCCCUGCCACGCAGACUCAAGGCCCUACUGUUGGACAUGGCCAGACGCAGCGCCCAGGAUCGGCUCUCUGCAGCCGAGGCCAUCAAGAUGUGCAACAGCUACCUCCUUCAGCGAGGCAUGGACAGCAAGAAGAUUUUAGCCCACCUGAGUGCAUCUACCUGUAAGGUUUACCAGGAGGAAGAAACCAUCAGUCUCCAAAAUACUUUCUCAGUGGUUGAUCUGGCACUGCUUCCUGAGCCCAGUCCAGUAUGGGGCAGUGGCCGUGUGUACGGUGGUCCUGACGUGGACCUGUCCUCAGGCUUCGUGGCCGUCGACGAGGACGCCAAGCUGGCCACAAUGCGCGGCCCCCCAGCGGACACAGCUGCCUCCCGCUCCGAAGCCACCGAGCUGCUGACUGCGUUCCCGGCGGCGGCCGAGCACUUCAGUCCCGUCGCGCUCCAGCCGGAGGAAGACACCGCGGACGAGCGGGCUGCAGCCCCCGACCCCGAGGGGCGAGGCGGUCGGGCUGCUGGUAGUGCCGAUUCGCGGGCGCCAGCCGCAGAGCCGCAGGGCGCACCCCCAGCGGGCUUCCCAGAGUCUGCGGAGGAGCGUCCUUGCCCUGCGCCCCCCGUUCCGGUCCACCGGCCGGGAGACGCUGCAUCCUCGGAGACCUCCAACUCCACAGUCCCGGCUUCUCCGCCCGCCCCGCCCCGGAAGACACAAGCUCGGCCCGAGCAGCCCCCGGAAGAGCCGGUUCGGCUGGACGCCACUUGUGGGGGCCUCGAGCCUACAUACCCUGGGAUCCCCUCAACCAGUCACGGUCCACGCCGCCUGCCCAAAACGCCCAGGGGCCCGACCACCGAGCGCCCAGAUCAGGCCAGCUCAAAUGGUCCCCGGGGUUCUGCAGGUAGAGACCGAGCCAGGCCUGCUGACCGCAGGGCGUGCCCCCCAGGCGCGGACACCCCGCCACAACAGAGGACCACUUGUCCCUCGCUGCAGGAGGCCAUGCGCCUCAUCCAGGAAGAGUUCGCUUUCGAUGGUUACCUGGACAACGGGCUGGAAGCCCUGAUCAUGGGGGAAUACAUCUACGCCUUGAAGGACCUCACUUUCGCCACUUUCUGCGGCGCCAUAUCAGAGAAGUUCUGUGACCUUUAUUGGAAUGAGAAGUUACUGCAGAACCUGUUCAAUGUUGUCAACGGGACCACCUCACCCUCUGAGGGUGUUUCUGAGGACGCUGAGCCACAGCCUGAGAGUCAUGUCCCAGCCAGCAGCUGUUCCACAUCCAGCAAAAGACCCUCAGGGCCCAGGCCAGGGAGAGAAAAGCCAGCUGCAGCCCACAACAGCAGAGUGCCUUGCUCCCCCACGCCACUCUCAGGCCUCAACUCAGAGGCCCUCUCCCAGGGCAAUUUUGAAGUGGGCUUCCGACCACAGAAAUCCAUCAAGGCCGAGAAGGAACCUGCAGUGGGAAGCAGCUGUCCACACUUUGAGGACCCAGACACUGAGCUGGCCAGUGAGAGCCCCAGCUCGGGAGAGGUGACUCAGCUGGAAGAAGGCAUACUGGCCAUGGCUCCCAGCCCUGCUGAGCUGCAGAGCUGCAGCCCUGGCUGGUGCAGUGCCUUUUAUGAGGCCGACUGCUUCAGCACUGACGUGCACAGCUACGUGGAGGCAAUGGGGUGGCAGAAGGCCACUGAGACCACAGAAACGGAUCCUCAGCAUCUGGAGCUAGAGCAGCAGCUGAUGAUGGAGAAGAGGAGUUAUCGCAAGACUCUGAAAUUUUACCAGAAGCUACUGCAGAAGGAAAAACGAAGCAAAGGCUCUGAGGUGAGGACAAUGCUGUCCAAGCUGAAAGGGCAGUUGGAGGAGAUGAAGUCCAAGGUGCAGUUCCUGGGGCUGGUCAAGAAGUACCUGCAGGUGGCCUACGCUGAGCAGUGGGGGCUGGAGCCCAGUGCCCUGCCGGUCAUCGUGAACAUCGGUUCAGCCCACUGUGGAACACUAGACUUCAGCCCCCUGGACGAGUCUUCCUCCCUCAUCUUCUACAACGUCAACAAGCCCCCCUGUGGGGGUGGGAGCAGUGGGGGCAAGCAGAGGAAGGCUCGCGUCCUGCAGGCUGGCACACCGCUGGGACUCAUGGCCUACCUGUACUCCAGUGACGCCUUCCUGGAGGGCUACGUGCAGCAGUUCCUCUACACCUUCCGCUACUUCUGCACGCCCCAUGACUUCCUACACUUCCUCCUGGACCGCAUCAACAGCACCCUGUCCAGGGCCCAAGACCCCACCUCAACCUUCACCAAGAUCUAUAAGCGCAGCCUCUGCCUGCUGCAGGCCUGGCUGGAAGACUGCUAUGCUGUGGACUUCACAGGCAAUGAUGCACUCCGGGGCCAACUUCGGGCCUUCAUCUCCUCCAAGGUCCUGCCUCCAGAUGGCUGCGCAGAGCACUUGCUGGCCCUGCUGGAGAUGAGCACUGACCGGCGGGGCGAGGGGAUCCCACGUGGUGGAGACCUGGAGGACCCCAAGGAGGCUGAAGAGGACACCCGGCCCCUCAACGCCCUCUGUAAGAAGCUUACAGAAGACGGCCUCUCCCGGAAGAGUUUCCCCUGGCGGCUGUCCAAGGGGAACGGGCUGGCUCUGGUGCCUCACAAGGAACGUCCAUACACUAUCGCGUCUGCCCUGCCCAAGCCUUGCUUCCCCGAAGAGUUCUAUGGCCCCUAUGUCAAGGCCAGUGAGAAGGGGCCCUACUUCCUGACCGAGUACAGCACCCACCAACUCUUCACCCAGCUGACACUGCUGCAGCAAGAAUUGUUUCAAAGGUGCCACCCGGUCCACUUCCUAAACUCCCGCGCUCUGGGUGUCAUGGACAAGGCAGCCGUCCCCAAAGUCAGCUCUUCCGACACCUCGUCAGCCAAAAGCUGUAGCUUGUUUCUGCCGGACUACAUCCAGGACAAGUAUCUGCUGCAGGUCCUAAGGAAUGCUGAUGACGUCAGCACCUGGGUGGCUGCAGAGAUCGUGACCAGCCACACGGCCAAGCUGCAGGUGAACUUGCUGUCCAAAUUUCUGCUGAUUGCAAAGUCUUGCUAUGAGCAGAGGAACUUUGCAACCGCCAUGCAGAUCCUGAGGGGCUUGGAGCACCUGGUUGUGAGGCAGUCCCCUGCCUGGAGAACUUUACCCGCGAAGAUCGCUGAGGUUGUGGAGGAGCUGAAGGCCGUGGAGGUCUUCCUCAAGAGUGACAGCCUCUGUCUGAUGGAGGGCCGGCGCUUCAGGGCCCAGCCCACCAUCCCCUCAGCCCGCCUCCUGGCCAUGCACAUCCAGCAGCUGGAGACAGGAGGCUUCACCAUGACCAAUGGGGCCCACAGGUGGAGCAAGCUCAGAAACAUAGCCAAGGUGGUGAGCCAGGUGCACGCCUUCCAGGAGAACCCCUACACAUUUGCCCCUGACCCCAAGCUCCAGUCGUUCCUCAGGCAGAGAAUUGCAUGCUUCAGCGGGGCUGACAUCUCCAUACUGGCGGCGGACAGCAGGGCCAACGUGCACCAGCUCACCAGCGAGAAGCAUUCACGCAAGAUCCAAGACAAACUCAGGAGGAUGAAAGCAACGUUCCAGUGA